AUGGUUAUGGAAGUGGUGCACGAAGAAGACAACAUGCAAUGUACAAAUCAUCCAUACAUGAGCAGCAGCAGCCCAGGCGGGAUCUGUGCAUUUUGCCUCCAAGAGAAGCUUGGAAAUUUAGUCUCUUCAUUUCCUGUACCCAUUUUCCCUUCUUCUCCCUCAUUCAGAUCUGAACAAGGAGGUGGCGCCACCGCUACCGCCGCCACCCUUCAAGCCUGCCACCGUGGAUCUUCUAGAUUGCCUUCUGUUUUCAAGAGAAGCAAAUCUACUACCAGUAAUGCAAGAGGGGGUAUGCAUUUCUUGAAUGAUUCAGAAGAUCAUAACCCAGAUAAAAGAGGGUUCUGGUCAUUUCUUUACUUAACAAAGCCGAAGAAAACUGUAAAGAACUGUAAAGAUUCAGACUUUACAUCAGGUGAGAAGAAGAAAGAAUAUCAAUUUGUGGCCGUUGAUGAGAAUGAUCAGAUCAAUCCUGACGAUCAUCAGGCGGGUUUUGACAGAAAAGUGUCAAGAUCAAGAUCUGUUGGCUGUGGAAGCAGGAGAUUUUCUGGUGACCUCUUUGAGAGAAUUUCAACUGGCUUGGGUGAUUGUACUCUACGCAGAGUGGAGUCCCAUAGGGAAAAAAAGUCCAAUAAUGGGCAAGAUUGUACCAAGGAAAGAGCAAUCAGGUGUGGUGGCAUUUUUAGUAAUCUGAUGAUCACAUCAUCAUCAUCAAAUUGGGCCCCUUCUUCAACUCAAGAUCGAGAUCAUGUGGUAGGGAAAUCAUCAGGAGCAAUCACACAUGGAAGGAGUAAAAGUUGGGGAUGGGCACUUGCAAGUCCAGUUAGGGCCUUUUCUGGUAAAAGGGAUUCAUCUUCUACAAACAAGAAAACCACUCCUAAUUUGUCUGCAAUUCCUUCAUUGUUGGCUAUGAUUGCUCAAAAUAUAUAUUGGGUAAAUAAGCACUUGAAAGACUUUGGACGAUUUCUAUUCCAAAAAUCCGUUAAUUCAAUGUUUAGCUUAAAUUUGAACAUUUUUAAGAAGGAUAAGAACAAAACCACCAUUGCAGAACAACUUAGUACAAGAAACUUUGGUAUUUAUCUAGUGGAUAUACUGAAACUGUGGUUCUACUACUGUCCAUAUUCAGAACAAGAAGCUUUCAGAUUUAUUUAUAUUCAGGCUGUUGUCCAGUUAACCAUCUGA